AUGAAUGCAUUUUGUGCAUAUCUUAUGAAUUUAGUAAAAAACUGGUUAGUAGAAAAAAAUACAAAUUUUGUAGUUAUUCUAUCUAGUUGUAUUUCUAGAUUGCAACCUUUAAAUAUUGCAAUUAAUAAAGCUUCAAAUCUAAAAGAUUUAUGGGAUAAUGUUAAUACUGACUUUAUUAGAAGAUUAUUUAAGUGUUGUAGAAUUUCAACAGAAAUAGAUAGUUCUGAGAAUCAUAUACUUUUUGACUAUGAUAAUUUACUAGAACAAGAUGAAGUAAAUAAUAAUUUGGGUAAUAGCAAAUAUAAUGAUAGUAAAUAUAGUGAUAGUGAAUAUAGUGAUCAUUAUAUUGAAGACAAUGAAUAUAGAAAUGAGUAG